AGCAAUUGUGUUAAUGUGCGAAAUGAGCCAAAAGAAUAGAUCACAUUUAAUCUGUUUUCUAUUCCUCCUUUUUUCUUGUUCUCCAUUUCUCUGUCUUCUUUUAUUUCUUUGGCGAGGAAGAAUAUCAGACUACAGCACUAUCUCUUUUUUCACAACAGUAUUUCCGGACCGUUGUCAACCCCAUAUACACAAUGUUCCGGCUUUCCGCUCAGACUACCCGCAAGGCCGUCCAGCGCCUCGCUGUUCAGGCUCGCUACCAGUCUACUAGCUCUUCUGCCACUCCUUCUCUGAAUGCCAAGAACAUGUCAAUGGCUGCCGCCGGUCUCGCUACUGCUGGUGCUCUUGCUUAUCUGUCGAUGGAAUCUGUCGAUGCUAAUAUGCUUGCCGAUGGUCUCCAUCCUCCGGCUUACCCUUGGGAGCACAAGAAGAACCUCGCUACAUUUGAUCAUGCCGCUAUCCGCCGUGGUUAUCAAGUCUAUAAGGAGGUUUGCGCUGCCUGCCACUCUCUUGACCGUAUUGCCUGGCGCAACUUGGUCGGUGUCUCUCACACUGAGGCCGAGGUCAAGGCCAUGGCUGAGGAGAAUGAAUAUACUGAUGGGCCCAAUGAUGUUGGAGACAUGUUUCAACGUCCCGGAAAACUUUCAGAUUACAUGCCUCGCCCCUAUGCCAACGAAGAGCAGGCUCGUGCUGGCAACGCCGGCGCUCUUCCUCCAGAUCUUUCAUUGAUGAUCAAGGCCCGCCAUGGUGGUGCCGAUUACGUGUUCUCCCUUUUGACUGGAUAUCAGGACCCCCCAGCAGGUAUUGAGAUUCGUGAAGGUUUGAACUUCAACCCUUACUUCCCUGGAGGAGCCAUUGGUAUGGCUCGCGUUUUGUACGAUGGUUUGGUCGAAUAUGAGGACGGAACUCCUGCCACCACCUCACAGAUGGCCAAAGAUGUUACAGUCUUUCUCAGUUGGGCUGCUGAGCCUGAGAUGGAUGAGCGCAAGAAGAUGGGUAUGAAAGCUUUGACCUUAUUGACCAUUUUGACUGGUCUCUCCAUUUAUUUGAAGAGGCACAAGUGGGCUGCUCUCAAGACUCGCAAGAUUCUUUACAACCCACCCACGCCCAGGAAGCACUAAAGACAAGGGAUAGUGUCUGUGUGAACAAAUAGUUUUCAAUAAGUUUGUACCAGAAGAUAGAAAGCAUUAAAGAUAUUUAU